AUGGCCGAAAAAGCGUGGAAGGCCUGCUAUGGGGUGCUAUUGGUGUUGCGAUUGCUUUGCGCCAUAAGAGGCACUGGCUACAUUCAUCCUGAUGAGUGGUUUCAGUCUGGAGAGGCAAUAGCAGGUUAGUGCUGGCUGUAUGCUGCUCAGAUGUAAGACAUGGCUCACAUAACAAUGCGCCAAUCAGGCAUACACUCAUCCACGUCCCUGUUGAGGACAUGGGAAUUCGAUGCAGCUUCCCCGUCGCGCUCUCUGGCCAGCCUGCACCUCUUUCAAUUUCCGCUCGUGGCGUGGGUCCACCUGAACUGUAGGUUUGGAGUCUGUAAGUCGAAUCGGACACGAGCGUGCGUACAUGAGAACGAUCUCCUCAUGUAGAUGCCUACCCCCGAAGCCGCUAGCUCCUACUCCUUGUUCCUGGCGCAGAGGGCCACCUCUUUCUUCACAUCUUUGACACUAGGUGAGCCGCUCGACACCAGAGGCCAGGAGAUGGCAAGUCUGCGUUCGCAUGCCAUGCAAGUCCUGCCUCACAUAAGAUGUUCGCUAUAUCAGACUUUGUCGCAGCACGUUUGGUCGCUCCUUCGACCCGACAGCGGCUUCAGACGUACAAGACUCUCUGCAUUCUUGGAUCCAGCCAUGCUGUCCUAUCGCUAUGCACCCGCCCUUUUUCCAAUGGCGCCGAGGCCGCACUGCUUGCUCUCUGUCUUCUAUUGACUCGAGCAGUGGUAGGUCUGUCACAUGCUGAGGUGUGUGCGGCCAUGACGUCCUGCACUAUUUCACAUCAAUCACACCUUGCUGACGCAUGCUUAAGCCCCCAGUCGCGCGCGUAUGUGCCCGUGUGGGUAGCUAGGCAAAGCUGGAUUAGGUACUGCUCCGCACUUUUUUGUCUAGGAGCAGCGGGCCUCUUUGUGCGCUUCACUUUCGUGGCCUUUGCUUUGCCUUGCGCUGCAUACGUCGCCGUAGCAGGCAUACGAUUGUGCCGGUGAGUGACGAGAGCGUGCCCGCUGCAGGCAUGAAGAGGCAAGAGGUUUGUCGCAUGCUCACAUGCCUUGCUUUGUCUCGCGACAUAGCAGGCAGUCCAUCCUCUCUACAGCAGCAUUGUAUGCUUAUCUGCUCCUCGAGACGCUGCCAUCUUUCGUCUUUGUCGUUUUGCUCCAUAUAUGCACCGACAGCAAGCUGUACAGAGGAAAAUGGUUUUCGAGUCCCCUUCUUUUGGCCCCAAUCAACUUGCUUCGAUACAACCUCGAUCCUCAAAAUCUGGCGGAGCACGGGACGCACCCUCGGUGGUUGCAUGUGGUGGUCAACGCGCCGAUCGUGCUCGGCGCAUCUGUCUGGCUCUAUGGCGCUUUGAAAAUCUCGCUCUGGGCGGCCGGCCGGAAGGUGGAGAGACGUAAGAAAGUAAAAGGCAAAGCAAAGGAAAUUGAUGUCGAUGCAGCGGUGCAGCUGACGAUGCGAAAGAGUGAGUAGCCAGUGAGAUCAAAGGCAGCCAGCCGUAUGUGUUCCACGAGCUUGCGCGCUCAAUUUCGUGCCCGUCUGCAUAGUCUACUUGGCCACGGUCCUGGUCCCAAUCGCUCUGCUUUCCGUUCAGCCACAUCAAGAACCUCGCUUUCUCUUACCAACAGUGCUGCCGUCGACCCUUCUAUUUGCCGAGGCAUGCUUUGGAGAAGCGCAUCGGCGGAUGCAAAUGGGUCGACGAACGAGAAGAUUGCUCGUGAGUACAGGACCAGCACCUGUUCAUGCACUGCCACACUCUCAUCUCUGUGUGGUUUGCCUUUGACCUUUUCAGCUUAGCUUGUAUCUGCUACAACACGCGGUCCUGACUAUUCUGUUCUCAUUUCUGCAUCACGGUGCCGUCUUGCCCACCCUAUUCAACAUUAACAACGCGCUUUCAGGACGGAAAAGCGCGGGAUGGCUGCCAUUGUCCGACCACACAGGGCCUGCUUCGCCUACGGCAUCCCUCCACAUCAUCUUCUGGCGCACUUUCAUGCCUCCGCGACACCUCAUACUGCCUUUGCAGCCUCGCGGCUCAUCUCAAGGUGGCAGUCAGACUCGCUACCCCACCAUCUCGGACCACGGGAGCAUGCCAGCACGAACACUCGCGGCCUGGUUGAGAUCUACUGGUCGGACCCUUUCGACUUCUCCAAAUCAGUCGCGAGAGGAGCUCGAAGCGGAAGAUGACAAUGAAAGGCAUAUUGCGCAUUCUCGGCAGCUCGUAGUUGCACCUACCUGGGCUUUGGCAGACCUUGAGCGAUCUCUGGAUAUGGAAGGCGAGCAAAGAGAGACUGAUCUCGUGCGACUAGCCACCUUCGGGCCUCAAGUAGAUCUCGAUCAUCUUGCGGAAGUGAUGACCACUUGGCGGCGCGAAGCUGGCUGGGCUUCCUUGAAAGAUGCAGCUAGCAUUCAGCUUGUGGAGUUCUUCGACGUGAAACAAGCGGCGAGCGUUCACAGGGAGCCUCCGCCUGUAGCCUCGAUGCACACACAGAGCUAA